CAUACAACUCUUCAUAUCAUACAAAACCUAAGUGAAGGGAAGUUACUCCAUAGAGAAGAGAGAGAAUGCAUAAAUCUAAUCUAGAUUUUCAAUCUCCAUCUCCAACCUUGAUUCCUGAGCUUCAAUGGUGAAGAAAUCCUUCAAAAUAGCUCAAAGAAUGAUCGCAAGGUGCUCUCACUCUCUAGGGUCGUCCCUUGGAUGUUUGGGAUCCAAAACCCAGCUCUACCUCUACGUGAGUCAGUUGUUGCCAAGAAGUCUCUGGACAUGUCACCACGUCAUCCUAUAUCAACAUGGAUGGUAUCAUUCAUAUAGUACUUUGGAUGAUAUCCAUGAUAUGAGAUGAUCACCAUCCAAUUAGUAUUUUGGAUGGUGUCCCUAAUGUGGGAUGGUACCAUCCAAUUGGUACUUUGGAUGGUGUCCAUGACAUGGGAUGGUACCAUCCCAUUAGUCCUUUGGAUGGUGUACCUAAUGUGUUAUGGUAUCAUCCAAUUGGUAAUUUGGAUGGUGUCCACAAUAUGGGAUGAUAUCAUCCAAUUAGGGUUGGAUAGUAUACAUGAUGUAGGAUGAUCACCAUUCACUAAGAGGUUGGAUGGUAUCCACUAAUAUCGGAUGAAACCAUCCACUUAGAGGUUGGAUGAUAUCCAUAAUGUGGGAUGGUCACCAUCCACUAAGAGGUUGGAUGAUGUCCACUAUAUAGGAUGGUACCAACCAUUUAGAGGUCGGAGGUUGGAUGAUAUCCAUAAUGUGGGAUGCUACCAUCCACUUUGAGGUUGAAUGGGUGCCCUGAGACUAAACACAUGGUGAUCAAGUACCCAAUGAUCACUCAAUUAGUAUUUCAAGGGGGGAAAUAUUUUGGCGUAAACACCAAUCAAUAUGAAAUAUAACAUGAACUAGAAUAAACCGGUUGUACUUGUACCACCAGAUAAACCAUAUCAUUUGCCAAAGUAUAAGCCUGUCCGACAACCUUGCUCAUAUGAUACUUGCAAUAGGCCUGAGUAUGGGCCUAACAUCUGACUGAUCCGACUUGAGCCCAGCUCAUAAUCACUUGUUACAAAUAGUAUAGCACACUACUACUGACACUAGUACAUUACGAGCCUUGUCAAUUUAUUUAAAAAAUUAAUUAAAUUCCGUUAUUACUCAUCAGUCAUCACAUCACGCGCUGAUAAAGAAUUAAUAAAUAUACUUAAAAGGAAAUAGUCAUUAAAAUUUUGUCAAUCACCGAAUCACGUCUUCUCGCUUUCGGAGGGCGAGAUGGGGCCCACAAAAUGAUUUGAUACAUUUCUUUGGUUUUGUGCCCACUCAUUCGCUUUCUCCAUCGUUUGCCACCGUCCCUCCCCGCACGUCCGUCGCAAGGGAAGAACUAAGAAGCUCUCCUUUCUUCUUCUUCUUCUUCUUCUUCUUCUUCUUCUCCAAUCUCCCCCUUCUCCCUGUCCAAUCCUUCCACUUUCUUCGAUUCCUCUCUCUCUCUCUCUCUAUAUAUAUAUCUUUCUUGCAACCUCCGCCGCUUGUUUCUCUUUCAUCUCGAACAUCGGCGAGCGAGCCGGCGACGGUCAGAGCGUUGUUCGCCGGAGAUAAUGGGCGUGGAUUACUACAACAUACUCAAGGUCAACCGGAACGCGAGCGAUGACGACCUCAAGAAGGCCUACAAGCGACUCGCCAUGAUUUGGCACCCGGACAAGAACCCCACCACCAAGAGAGCCGAGGCGGAGGCCAAGUUCAAGCAGAUUUCCGAGGCCUACGACGUCCUCAGCGACCCUCAGAAGCGCCAGAUCUACGAUUUGUACGGCGAGGAAGCUCUGAAAUCAGGGCUUUUCCCCCAGCCUGCCCCGGCCUCUUCUUCCGCUCCUUCCACCUCCGCCCCAGCCAAUCGCCAUUAUUAUCAGCGCCAGCACCCCAAUCCUGCCUUCAGGUUUAAGCCCAGGGACGCCGCCGAUAUUUACGAGGAGCUGUUCGGUCACGAGGCCGGCGGUGCCGCAGCGAAUGGGGCUGGAGGUGGAGCGGCGGGAGGAGGGAGAGGGUUUUUUAGGACUAAUACUCAUUAUCAUGGAAAUGGAGGAGAGAUGAGGAAAGCGGCCCCCAUUGAGAAUUUGUUGGCAUGUAGCUUGGAGGAGCUUUACAAAGGUGUAAAGAAGAAGAUGAAGAUUUCUAGAAAUGUCUUCGAUGCUGCUUCUGGAAAGGUUCGCCCUGUUGAAGAGAUACUGACAAUCGAGAUAAAACCCGGUUGGAAGAAAGGUACAAAAAUCACAUUCCCUGAGAAAGGCAACCAAGAGCCUGGCAUUGUCCCUGCUGACGUGAUUUUUGUGGUGGAUGAGAAACCACAUCCGAUAUUUAAAAGAGAUGGCAACGAUCUGGUGAUCAACCAUGAGAUUACCCUUCUUGAGGCCCUCACCGGUGGAACCUUGGACCUGGUUACACUGGAUGGCAGAAACCUUAUGAUCUCGCUCACCGAUAUAGUCAAACCUGGCGCUGAAGUGGUCGUCCCAAAUGAAGGAAUGCCUAUCUCGAAGGAAGCAGGCAAGAGAGGGAAUUUGAGGAUCAAGAUGGAUGUGAAUUACCCAUCAAGGCUUACUGCAGAACAAAAAUCUGAGCUGAGAAGAGUUCUGGGGGGAGUUCCGUAGUCUUCAAUCGGGAGAAGGUCAGAUAACAGCUAAGAAUUUGGGAUGUACAUAUAGUCGAGGUAUGUCAGGUUAGGAUAUAAAGUCUAGGGAAUGGUUGAGUGGGAUGUUUGGGGAAAAUGUUGUCCUGGUAAUGGCUAACUCAAGUUAACUGCUAGGAUGAGCAAAUGUCAGGCUGACAUUUGCUGGUUGGUGUCACUAGCAUAUGAUUUUGGAUAGUGGAUACAACGCUCCACCGGGUUUACUUCUACCACAGCCACCGGUGAUGGUUUGUGAAUGGAUUGUUUGAGUUUUGAAGAUUUAGAAUCGAAUUGAUCACUGUUGGUGUUGAUGUUCUUAUACGGGCAAGUGUUCGAUUGACGCUUGGAUCAUGUGGACUGGAGUACAUUUCCCCUGAUCAUAGUUUGUUUUUAAUUUCAUGCCCUUUUGGAGCUGUGAGAUUGCACUUGCUUACCUUAUGCUCAGCAUCUGUGUUGGCUUGUAAAGAUGGCAUACGUUGGUUAAUUGAAUCAGCCUUGGUUGCCUUUCAAAGUUGGCAGAGCUGUUGUGUUUAACAUGCUCUUGACUCUUGAGGGAAAAUCGUUGACGUAGUGUAAGAAAGAGGGACCGGUUAUUGUAACAACACCCAUUGUGUUGUUAUUGUAACAACACUAGUCCUCAACUAAUAGGAAGCUAGGGAUGUGAUGACUUUUUAUUAGUUGAGUUGACCUAGUGUAAAAUCAAAACAGGGGUAUAAUUGUCAUUAAGAAAGAGGGACCGGUUAUUGUAACAACACCCAUUGUGUUGUUAUUGUAACAACACUAGUCCCCAACCAAUAGGAAGCUAGGGAUGUGAUGACUUUUUAUUAGUUGAGUUGACCUAGUGUAAAAUCAAAACAGGGGUAUAAUUGUCAUUAUGAAAAAUAUGUUUAAAUAAUAAAAAAUUAAAAAUUAAAAAAAAAUUAUUUUCUGCCCAAAAAUUGGGUCGCCGGAAUUCUGCCACCGGUCGCCGGUAAAUGGUCGCGGUCACCGGAAUAUGCUUUUGGUCGCCGGAAUAUGCUAUUUUGUGGCCGGAAUAUGCUUACCGGAGUCGGAAUAUGCUUACCGGCGUCGGAAUCUAGUCCUCGGGACCGGAAUAUGCCUAUCGGCGUCGGAAUCUGCUCACUAACGGUCACCGGAGUUCGGUCAACGGUCUUCGUUGACCGGUCAACGGUCAACGACCACCGGAUGUUAUGGUUAGCAUUGUGAGAUUUAUGGUUUGGUUUCUCAUAUUUUUUAUGCCUUUUAUGGUUUGUUUUAUUGUGUUUGUGGUUUGCAUUGAGAAGUUUCUGGUUUGCUUGAUCGUGUUUGUGGUUUGCAUUGAGAAGUUUUUGGUUUGUUUUCAAAAAUUUUGUGGUUUGCAUUGAGGGGUUUCUGGUUUGUUUUAAUAUAUUUGUGGUCUGCAUUAGGACGUUUAUGAUCUGUUUUCAAAAAUUUUGUGGUUUGCAUUGUGAGGUUUUGGGUUUAUUUUAAUAUAUUUGUGGUUUGCAUUCGAAGGUUUCUGGUUUGUUUUUUUGUGGUUUGCUUUUUUGUGUUUGUGGUUUGCAUUAGGGUGUUUUUGGUGUGCUUUUCAAAAUAUUUAUGGUUUGCUUUGUGAGAUUUCUGGUUUGUUUUAGGAGGCUUGUGGUUUGCUUUAGAAGGUUUCUGGGAUGCUUUUAUGUGGUUUGUUUUAUCACAUUUGUGGUUUGCAUUAUGAGGUUUUUUGUGUGUUUUAGAAAUAGUUGUGGUUUGCUUUGUGGGGUUUGUGGUUUGUUUUAAUAUAUUUGUGGUUUGUAUUACAAGGUUUCUGGUUUGCUUUUGUGGUUUGUUUUACCGUGCUUGUGGUUUGCAUUAGGAAGUUUCUGGUGUGCUUUCGCAAAUGUUGUGGUUUGCUUUGUGGGGUUUGCGGUUUGUUUUAGAGGAUUUGUGGUCUCCAUUAAGAGGUUUCUGGUUUGCUUUUUUGUGGUUUUUUAUCACAUGUGUGGCGAAUUUCGCUAAGUCCUGUGUUAAGAGGUUUCUGGUUUGCUUUUUUGUGGUUUUUUAUCACAUGUGUGGCGAAUUUCGCUAAGUCCUGUGUUCGCUCGAGCAUAGCAGUAUUAGGGUGUGUUAAUAAUAAAUUUUAAAUACAUUCAACCACCAUUGUCUUAUUCAAUUCCUCAGGGAAAGACAUUAGUCAUAUAAUAUUUAGGUGAUUAAAUAAUAAAUACAAGUCUGAUCUUCGCAACAAUUCAUAAAAAAUGUCGUCAAUCAAAACAUACAAAAUAUUAAUUUUCCAAAGCCAGGUUCAGGUUAGCCGAGUACAAAGCGAAGCCCACCAGACCAGCAAAGCAAAAAAGCAGCACAGCGAAAGCCUUUAACUCGUCGCCUUUGGCUCUUUCGUAUCUCCGUCACCUCCAAGAACAAGAACAACCAUGGGGAACUGCCUGACCUCAUGGUUCUCUUGCUUCCACUCUUCCGACAUCACCCUGGAAGGACGUGGUUGCGAUCUGGUUCACUCUGGAAGGACGUGGUUCAGGGUAUCGGGGCCGCAACUGGUUAAUUUGGAGUAAGGAUGACGGCAGCGGCAGGGGCAGCGAUGAGCAACAUCGUCAAUCGGAGGUCGGAAGGAGAUAACAAUGGAGGAGAGAGAAAAAAACGAACUAGAUCUGAAUGGAAGAGAGAAUGAGACGGAUGAGAGAGAAUGAAAAGUGAUAAAUGAGAAGUUUGACCGGAAUUCAAAUUCUUGUCCAUAAUUAUCUUUCUGCUCAUUUAAUAUAUUAUUAUCUAAUAAUUAAUUGUAUUUUACCUUUGUAUCCUUAAUGAAGUCUUUUGUUAGUA